GGGCUUUUAGGGUGCAAGCAGCCGCUGUAUUCUUCCUUUUUCUCAUUCCUCGCUCUUACGAAGGAUUGAGCGAGCUCUGAUUUUGCACACCAAGUGCUAGCAACACAGCAGCGGCAGCCAUGGCCGUCGGAAAGAAUAAGAGAAUUUCCAAGGGGAAGAAGGGAGGAAAGAAGAAGAUUGUCGACCCGUUCUCAAAGAAGGACUGGUAUGACAUCAAGGCUCCUUCCACCUUCUCGCAGAGGCAGGUCGGAAAGACCUUGGUGACCAGGACACAGGGAACCAAGAUUGCUUCAGAUGGUUUGAAGGGACGUGUGUUUGAGAUCUCUCUUGCUGACCUCCAACAAGAUGAAGACCAAGCUUUCCGUAAGAUCAAGCUGAGAGCUGAAGACGUUCAAGGAAAGAACGUCCUCACCAACUUCUGGGGUAUGGACUUCACCACAGACAAGUUGCGCUCAUUGGUGCGAAAGUGGCAGAGUUUGAUCGAGGCCCACGUCGAUGUCAAGACCACCGACAACUACACCCUGCGAAUGUUCUGCAUCGGUUUCACGAAGAAGCGACCGAACCAGAUCAAGCGUACCUGCUACGCCCAAUCCAGUCAAAUCCGUCAGAUUCGUAAGAAGAUGAGGGAGAUCAUGGUUAUGCAAGCUCAGAGCUGCGACUUGAAGGAUCUCGUCGCGAAGUUCAUUCCGGAGGUUAUUGGAAAGGAAAUCGAGAAAGCCACCGCAGGAAUUUACCCUCUGCAAAACACCUUCGUAAGGAAGGUGAAGAUCCUCAAAGCCCCCAAGUUCGAUUUGAGUAAGUUGAUGGAAGUACACGGUGACUACAGCGAGGAGGUCGGUGCCAAGAUUGAGCGACCAGUUGGGGACGAUGCUGAGCCUGAAGCCGAAGCCGUAGAGGUGGUCGGUGCAUAAAUGUCACUUUAGGCGUCCGUCAUAUAGUUAGAGACAAUUGCUGCCUUGAGACUUCGGUAGUGGUCACCUGAGACUGUAAAUCAUUACGAUUUACAUGACUGAUUGCCGACUCAGGGUUUUUGUACAACCUUUGCAUACCAAGAAAACCGAGGUUACAGAAGCUUGUCUCUUCAGCUGACCGCGCGCAAUUUCGUGGUCACUGCUCACAUGUUGGUCACAUGAGAUUUCAGAGUUUUAAAUUGUUGUAUCCACAUGACAGUUGUUAUGAUUUGUCCUACACCAUCUAUUAGUGAUACCGGGGAGCGCAGGUAUUAACUUGUACGGGCAGGGCAAGAUGAAUUUUGAUGGGCAGCUACGGGAUUGUGCUUUGUGUUGAACGUGGCCUAGGAUUGAAAAUUGUUUUCAUAUCAGCCAUCGCAUCUGAACUUCGCGUAGGGGUUUGAGAAUUGCACUUAACCCGAACAGCUCACUUGGAGGAUUCAUGCCCAUUACUCUGUCAUUAUCAGGGCCUAGGAAAGUUUUGUUAGGAAGGAAGCGAGAGGUAAACCAUCAAUAUUGUAAUGUGAACUUAAAUAAGUCGAAAUAAGCUUACGCCGGCGUCAUCUAC